AUGGCCUCAGCAUUCCUCAAGUAUGGCACCAUCCUGGCGCUUGCCGUAGCUGUCUUCUACCAGCUUACCCUCAAGAACCUCAUAUUCACAAUCAUCGGUGUUGGAAGGCACGUUCAACCGAUUUCGGACUUCCCAUACCAAUGCAGACGGAUUCACGAUGAGAGACUGCAGGCUUGCGAGGACAUGUGGUUGUCGGAAGAGACCAGGCAGCUGUUCCUGGCCUGCUCAGAUCCCUUGGCUCGGCAACAAUGGGACUUCAGCUUCAGUCGUUUCAACAUAUCAGGCCGCUCCCGCACCGACGCCGUCAUUGCCCUGGACAUCGACAAGCCGAAGGGUGACAGCUUCGACUACCGCGUGCUAAAGACACCAUCCUACAAGACCGGCGACGGACAUCUCUACCUCGUCGGUCUGACUGGCCGAGAUAACAUCCCAGCAGCAAACGACCCCAACAAGCCGCCGUUCAGUAUUGACAUUGCCCUUGUCAAUGGCCGUCCACCCAGGGACUCCCAAACGGGCGAGUUCCUCGAUGCGUCCGAACUAGGCGGCGAUUUCACGAUCGAGUUGUUUGAGACAGAUGCCCAUGCCACGGAACUGCGACACAAGGAAACGUACCAUCACCCUGAGAUCAAGACGCCGAAUAAUGUUGCCUUUGCCCCGACGAAUGGGUUCUAUAUCACUAACGACCACGGGACUGCGAAGGCCGGAUUGAAAUUCACCCUCGCCCCCUUCCUCCACAACGGCGACGUAACCUACUGCACCCACACUAAUACCUGCAAAACCGUCUCCACCUCGCACGCCUUCCCCAACGGCCUGCACUUCUCCCCGCGCCACGGCCACCUCUUCGUCCCCUCAGCCCACUCGGGCGGCAUAACCAUCUACGCCCCCAACGCACACACCAACGACCUGCAAAAAAUCUCCUCCAUCGACAUCCCCUACCCGAUCGAUAACCUCUCCGAGGACCGCGACGGCGACAUCUGGGUGCCGGCGUUCCCGAAGGGCCUGGAGAUGUUGCAGGCGUACGCGGAUCCUUUGGGGUCUACGGCGGCGACGACGGUGUUUAGGGUGAGGAAGAGUAAGGAGGAGGGGGAUGGGAAAGGGUGGGAGGUGGAGAAGAUGUUGGAGGAUCGGCAUGGGGAGGUUUUGCCUGGGGCGACGAGUGUUGUGCAUGAUGCGAGGACGGGGAGGGUGUUUCUGGCUGGGGUUGUGGCGCCUUUUGUUACGGUUUGUGAGCCGGUGGGGAAGUGA